ACCAGCUUAUGAUACAUGUACUGAUUCAUUGUGCGCAAUAUAUAUGAUAUUUCUACCUUUCAAAUCAAUUUUGAAAUGUAUACAUUUACAUUAUGAUAGUAAAUGUUCAGCGCCAUAUGUGUUUACAGAUAUGCGAGGUGGAACAAAAAAGAAUUACUGGAUGGUCAAUUUGGUCCUGACAACCCUAGUUGUAGCUGCAACAAUACCAAGUAUAUUAACUUGUGGAGCAGGACAAAAAGAAAGAAAAGAUACUUAUGGAGCUUCAAUUUGUUGUUUUACAGCACAUUGUAAUACUAGUCAAAGGUUUAGAUUUUGUCAGAAGGAUCAAGGAUAUGACAUAUGCCAGGACUGCCCUGCAGACCAGUACACUAAUGAUUUUAUAGAUACAAGUCAGUGGAAAGAAGAAACUGAUGUUUGUGUAUUAAAACCUGAUUGUAGUGCACCUGAGAAGAUUUUAGUUGGAAAUAAAUGUGAGUGUGAUCGUAGUAAAGGUUACUACGGUACAGACCCAGACAACUGUAGUAUAAGGCUGAAUGACUGUAAAAAGGCGGGUUAUCAGUUAGAUUUAAAUGGAAACUGUAUUGAGUGUGGUCCCAAUCAGUUCAAGCCAGGAAGAGACCAAUAUGGAAUUUGUCAAGAUAAAAGAGAAUGUAAAGAUGGUGAAAUAGAAGAAAACCCUGGAUCUAUAACCAGUGACAGAAUAUGUCAGACAAAUGAAGAACCAACAACUGUUGUCCCAGAAAUUAUCACAACUACAGAAACAGCUACCACAACAGUUAGCAAACAGUCAGAUAAAACAUGGAUAAUAGGAAUAGUGGUUGCAGUAGCUAUUCUGGUGUGUGUUGGGAUAUUAUAUUGCAACAGAAAUACUUUGAGGGAAAAAUUUAAAGGCUUUAAUAUCUGUAAAUUCUUUAAUGCAAGAUGUAAAGAAUGUAAAAGAGGAGGCAGACAUGAUCCUGAAGAAAAUGAACAUAUGUUAAAUAGUAUUGAAAAUGACAGGUUACAAAAUGACAGGUUACAAAACAACUUUGGAAGACAAAGUGCAAAUGGCUCUGCAGGCAAUGGUCACAUGAUAGGGUCAGAGGGUCACACCAUUCCAAACUCAACAUUCCAGAGAGAGCAGGACAUUUCAAUGGAUAAUCAAGUUUCAAAUGGGAGUACAGUUGUGAAAAGAAAUAGAACACAAAGUGAUACAAAUAUAAAUGAAUAUGAUGAACAACGAAAUUCCUCUCGUGUGGAUUCAGUGAAUGAACUAGUUAGUGACUUAACUAUGAGCACUUUUAUUGAUGGAUCUGGAACAGCAUCUAUAUGUGAAAAUCAGAUAGAGACCAAGGACAGAAGUAAAAUGCCACACUCAGAUAAUAAACCUUUUAACUCUUUGAAUGCUGACAGUUUGUUACAAGAUGACAGUUCUUUUGGUGAACAAGCUUUAAAUUCUGAAUCAAUUUUUGCUCACAGCUCUCCACAGACUCAAUCAUCAGUGCCAUGUGAUCGUGAUCCAGACACAAUACCAAAAACAAUGAGUGACAAUUUCUCUGUAGAAUCUGUAAAGGAACCGGGAGAAGAAAGUCUUUCUAAAAAUAAUUCCAAUGGGAAUAUUCCUGCACCUGGAUUAUUUCAAAGCUUACAGACUGUGCCUAAUAGACAGACCGAUUUAAAUGAGAUUAACCACCAAUCAGAUGUACCAGAUAUACCAGCUACAAAUCCUACUGCUGCAAAAGAAAUCCUCAAGCCACAGAUAAGAGUCAAGCCAAUGGCUAAAGUCAUACCAAUAAGAUCAACAUCACAAGAACAACAAGCUAAUCCUCAAGCAUCAGUAAGUGGAGCAGAAGGAUUUACUGCUUCACCAACUACUGCAAAUGGUAUUGAUAUUCAGAUUGCAGUCAAUAAUGACAGUCACAAGGUCGUUGCAAAUACUCCUUAUGGCGAAUACCCAGACAUGAGAGAAAAUAAUAGGGAAGAUGAUACCAAUUCUACGCUGGGUACUCCACCAAGUAUGGUAAGACAGCAACCCUCACUCACCACAAAUCAGGAAUCUCCACAAACUGAGGAAAUAAAUCUGGUAGAUAACAUUGGACAACAACCAAACUUUCAUCAAACGGCAUCAGGAAAUAUGUUGGCUGCACCAGUCUCUGACAAUAGUGGAGAGUCGGCGAGUAACCAGUCUUCAUUACAGCAAGAAACAGAUAAUGUACCACAAGCACCAGACAGUUUCCAUUGAAGAAUUAUAAAACUAAACAGACAAUAAUUGAUAUAUUAUACUAGUGCAAAUGUUAACGUUGGACUUUAAAUUUUAAGUGUACAGUAGAUUUUUCUGAUUUCUCAAUAAAUGCAGAUUAAUUGAAUGGGUAA